UCACAAUUUUGAGUCCACAAACACUCUGAUAGCCAAUGAAGUGACUGUGAAGGGGACAAAAUACAGAAAGAACAUGAUCAUUGUGAUUGAUCAUGAUGAUGAGGGGCUUGUUACUGGAAAAAUCAAAGUGGUUCUCGUUCAUAAGGAUUCAACAGUAUAUUUUAUAGCUGAAAAGUAUCAUGCCCUGCGUAUUCCUGACAUGGGUGUUUACAGCCUCACACUGAUGCAGAGAAACUACUGUUGUAUUAAUCAGGAGAAUCUGCUUGAUUACUAUCCCUUGCCUGAGUACACUGUGCAUGGCACACCACUGAUAAUUCUUCACCAUUAUUUCCCUCUAGUCCAGAAUGAUGGCGAACAUGAGUGAAGAAAUCAAAGAGAUCAUCUGCAAGACCUUGCCAAACCUGUCUGAAGAGACUCAGUGGCAAAUAAUAUCGAAACUUCAGAGCUCCGGCUUGGAGUCAAAAGAAGACUUAAAAUAUGUACAACAGGAAGACAUUGCUGAUCUGUUGCCUGUUAUCCAGUGCAGAAAACUCCUGGAUGCAUUCAAAUUAGAAACCGAGAAAGUUACAUUGGAUUUACAAGUCAUUCCAACUUCGUCACCAAUGAGUAGUGAUUGGUCGGUGUCGGGGUCGUCAUCACCAACAUUAUGCACUCCGCCUAAUUCUAGCUCAUCACAGCUAUCAGCCAUUUCUUCAUGUUCAAGCCAGUCAAGAAACAGUGAACCAAGCAACAGACCUUCCACAUCUCAGAUACUGAAAACAUGGCCAGAAACUUUCCAGGUCCCUUGGGAACAAAUGCCACAGGAAAUUCGUUCUGCAAUUGCAGAUGGCAAGAGACCUAAACCAAUGGAGCGACGUCAGAUGGUACGAGUACUCGCGGAUGAAAUGAGAAGGUAUGAGGCUAACCCCACUCGCGCACAAUGCCUAACUGUGGUUCGAAAUAUCAUCAGGCAGUACCCAAAGAGUUUUGCUGAUAUUGCACCAGAUGGGUCACUUCUGUGUGGAGGUUACACAUCACUUUUGAUUCAAUUGAAAAACCGCAUUGAGAAUUUGAACCGUGAUGGAAGCUUCUCAUUCCACCGAUCCUCUACAGCCAAGAGGGGUCCAACUGACACAUAUGGAUGUACACGAUUUCAGCCAGAGCUGCCCCCAGAAGAAACUGAUGAAACUGUGGAACAGCACCGCCAGAGACUGGAGAAGAUUUAUAGACAGGAGGGAGCAGGUGGAGCAGAAAGAGCAGAAGUAAAAAAUCUAAUGGAGCUCACAUUCUCUCUACAACGUCGCCAUAUAAAUACAAUUCCACCACCUGACAUUGAAGAUGUGAAAAGCAAAUGGCCUUUUCUUUUCACGCCAAGGUAUAUAUACGGCCAUUUUGAGUUGCUCACAGACAUCAAUGUGCUUCGUAGCUUGGAACUCAGCAUGCAGGAAUGUGGAAGAGCCAUCACAGAAUACUUCAGGGGAAAACCUACCAACAAAAAUGUCAAGGAUAUUCUCUCUAAUGGUGAAGAUAAUGAGAUGGCACUUCGUGUUGUUCAGCUGCUCAUGGCACACUUUGGAGAGGACUAA